UCCUGUGGUGGAUGCCUGAAGCGAGAGAAAGCCCAAGAUCACGGCCUCCCGCAAACUCUUGCUGAAGAGCCUGAUGCUGGCCAAGGCCAAGGAGUGCUGGGAGCAGGAGCACGAGGAGCGGGAGGCUGAGAAGGUGCGCUACCUGGCCGAGCGCAUCCCCACGCUGCAGACCCGCGGCCUGUCCCUCAGUGCCCUGCAGGACCUGUGCCGGGACCUGCACGCCAAGGUGGAGGUGGUGGAUGAGGAGAGAUACGACAUUGAGGCCAAAUGCCUCCACAACACCAGGGAGAUUAAGGACCUGAAGCUGAAGGUGCUGGACCUCCGUGGGAAAUUCAAGCGUCCACCACUGCGUCGGGUCCGGGUCUCAGCUGACGCCAUGCUCCGGGCUCUACUGGGCUCCAAGCACAAGGUGUCUAUGGAUCUGCGGGCCAACCUGAAGUCAGUGAAGAAGGAAGACACAGAGAAGGAACGGCCCGUGGAGGUGGGUGACUGGAGGAAGAACGUGGAGGCCAUGUCUGGGAUGGAAGGCCGGAAGAAGAUGUUUGAUGCUGCCAAGUCUCCAACCUCACAGUAGAGGCCGGCUUGCUGCGCUGUGCUCUGGGCUUCCGUUUGCGCUCCUCCCUCCAACCUGGCUCACCUACCUCUCUGCAUCCCACCCGGCCUUUCUGGAGCCUCCCAUCCUGUUCCCACUUCUCCCCUCCAGCCUAAGUGUCCUCCUCUGGAACUGGGAUUCAACAGACACCCAAGAGGACAGAGAGCAGUGUCUGAAGACCUCAUCCUGGCAGGGUGGAGACCCCGGCCAGCCGCGGUGUAGCCAAGCUCAGGAGGAAGAGGUGUGAGAGCACCUUCCCUCUGGCCCCUUGCCACAUCCCUCCACUACUUCUGUGACAUGUAGAGUGCCCCCAGGUAUCACAGCUUUUCCAUUAAAAACCAGAGUCCUGGUCAUUUCUGUAA